AUGUCGAGAGGUUUUUAUUCAGAAAACAUCAAGCAACUUCCACCAGAUCCAUUAUUUGGCAUCAAAACCAGAUGUGCAAAGGAUACAAGGCCUGAGAAAGUGGACUUGGGUAUCGGUGCAUACAGAGAUGACCAGGGAAAGCCUUGGAUUCUUCCUUCUGUGAGAAAAGCCGAGAAAUUGCUUCAUGAGUCUGACGACUACAAUCAUGAGUAUUUGCCUAUUCCAGGUCUCAAGCAAUUCACACAACUAGCCGCAAAAGUCAUUCUUGGUGAUGAUUCGAAGGCCAUCAGUGAGGAUCGUGUUGUUUCUGUGCAGUCGCUAUCUGGAACUGGCUCUCUUCACCUUGCUGGAGAGUUUGUGGCGAAGUUUUUCGUUCCAAAGUCUUCAAACGAGUCCUCUAAGGCAACUAUCUACGUUUCAGACCCAACCUGGGCUAACCACAUCCAGAUUUUCGAGCAUUGCGGACUCGAGGUGCAAAAGUAUCCUUAUUGGAAUGCUGCUACCAAGUCUCUCAGGAUUAAAGAGUAUGUUGAAACCAUCCAGAAAGCUCCAAAGGGCUCUAUUUUCUUGCUUCAUGCCACGGCACACAACCCUACCGGUAUGGACCCAACUGAGGAGCAGUGGAAGGCCAUAUUGAAGGCCAUUUCGGACAACGGACAUCUUCCAUUGUUCGACUGUGCUUAUCAAGGCUUCACAACCGGAUCUUUGGCAAAAGAUGCUUGGGCUCUUCGGUAUGCCAUUGACUCUGGUCUCUACAGCUUCCCUGGUGUGCUAGUCUGCCAGUCUUUUGCCAAGAAUUGUGGAAUGUACGGCGAAAGAAUUGGUGCUUUCCAUGUUAUUCUUCCUGAGCAUAAUCAGGCCUUGAACUCUGCGGUUUUCUCGCAGUUGUCCAAGCUCAUCCGGUCCGAGAUCUCUAAUCCUCCUGGAUAUGGUGCCAAGAUUGUUUCUCUCGUUCUAUCUCACCCAGAAUUGAGGAAACAGUGGCAGCAAGACUUGAUCACUAUGUCUUCUCGUAUUAUGGGAAUGAGAAAGGAUCUUGUUGCUGAACUACAGAGAUUGAACACCCCUGGUGUCUGGACACACAUCACCCAGCAAAAGGGUAUGUUUUCCUUCACGGGUUUGUCUCCUUCCCAGGUGCAAGAGCUUGCUGAAAAAUAUGCAAUUUACAUGUCUGGAAAUGGACGGGCUUCGAUUGCCGGUUUGAACCCCGGAAAUGUCAAAUAUGUUGCCAAAGCUAUUGACGCAGUUGUCCGUGAGGGUAAUUAA